ACAAUCAGUGGAAACCAUGAAUAGCUUCCACACGUGUUCGUGUUCUUCCGGUGGAGGAAUUGAAGACUUUUUGAACUGUGCACCAUGUCCACCACCAAUAUUGACCUACUUCCAAUUAAAGAUCGCCGCUGCAGGAAAGUUAUGUCAGAAGGAGGUGUGCAGUAUCGCCAGGAGAUGUGGAAUGAAAGAAAGCGAAGCACUGACCACGGACUGUUCUGGACACGUGGCUCUUUCAAAAUGUGAUUUAACGUGUAUUAUAAUAAUUGUCUGCGUUUUAAGUGUAGCUUUUCUCAUAAUGGUAUUUGUGGUUGUGUACAAAAGAAAGAAAUCCUACUUCAAGCAAGAUACUAUAAAUGUCGUAUUCAACGAUACAGACAGCGAAAACAGUGACAAAUCAAGCGAUAGCGGUUUGGUUAAAAUAAAAAAGAAACAUACAAGUGGUCAUAAAAGCAAUGUCGCACUACAAGAACACACAAAUGAAGCAAUUCACAACCAAGAAGAUAUCCUUGACCCAGAUACGAUCGUGAUAGGCACAACCACAGUCCCAGAUGAAAAUGCGAUGCAGAUAAAUGGAACUCAACAAGUGGAGCAGGAUGGUUUAGACGAACAAGGUAGUGCUAGAAUUAACAGUAUAAAUGGACACUCUCAUGUGAUAGUUAAUGGCGUAAGGAGCAGAGUAAAUGCGGACAAAAAUGACUCGUGCACAAGUGUUAAACUGUAAAAUAUUUUAUAAUGGCAAAUGUGUCAAUACAAUUAAACAGAUUAGAAAAUAAUUCAAAGAAGCAAAUUUUGAUUUCCUUAUAGUUUAAAAUAAUUUACUUGUUUAUUACUUUCUGAUAAAGAAAACAUUGGAGAAAAGUACUUAUUCCACUAAAGAUUCCAAAUAUAUAUGACAUAAGUGUUUAG